GACAUUUGUCGGACAAAGUCUUUAAUUUGGUAGAACUGAUUGAUUGACGUUUUUGUGUUGUGGAUUUCAAUGUAAUUUUAUUAGUUUACAUAUUUAAGAUUAGUAAUUCUGAAGAAUCUUGUUUUUGUUUAAUAUACUUUCAUCUGCAAUGUAUAUUUUAUAAAAAUGCCACCAACGAUCCAGCAAAAUAAUCAGAACGCUACCAACGGCGUUGAAAAAAGGCCAGUAAAAACUGUCGAGAAAAGGUCCGAUUUGAUAUGCAAAGUCAAAUAUUGUAACACUCUGCCAGAUAUUCCAUUUGAUCUUAAAUUUAUUGCUUAUCCGUUUGAAUCGAUAAGGUUUAUUCAGUACAAUCCCACAUCUUUAGAACGUAAUUAUAAGUACGAGGUAUUGACGGAACAUGACUUAGGGGUCAGUAUAGAUCUCAUAAACAAAGAUAUAUAUGCUAUAGAACCUGGAGCUACGUUAGAUCCUGCAGAUGAAAAACUUUUAGAAGAAGACAUAUUAACUCCUCAAGACUCCAAACGGUCUCGACAUCAUGCUAAAUCAGUAUCUUGGCUACGAAGAACUGAAUAUAUAUCAACAGAACAAACUAGAUUUCAACCUCAAACUAUGGACAAAGUUGAGGCCAAAGUCGGUUAUAGUAUUAAGAAAUCUCUCAACAAUGAAACAUUAUACAUGGACAGAGAUUCUCAAAUCAAAGCAAUUGAAAAAACUUUUGAUGAUUCAAAAGUUCCAAUUGAGAAACAUUAUAGUAAACCUAAUGUUGUGCCAGUAGAUAUUUUACCUGUUCACCCAGAUUUUAGCCUUUGGAAGUAUCCCUGUGCCCAAGUUAUUUUUGAUUCAGAUCCUGCUCCCGUUGGUAAACAAGUACCAGCUCAAAUAGAGGAAAUGUCGCAAGCAAUGAUAAGAGGUGUGAUGGAUGAAAGUGGAGAACAAUUUGUUGCUUACUUCUUACCAACAGAAGAGACCCUUCAGAAACGUAGAGAAGAUUUUGCUAAUCAAAUCCCAUACCAAGAUGAUGAAGAGUAUGAAUAUAAGAUGGCAAGGGAAUACAAUUGGAAUGUUAAGAGCAAAGCUAGUAAAGGUUAUGAAGAAAACUACUUCUUUGUAGUGCGCCAAGAUGGUAUUUAUUAUAAUGAAUUAGAAACUAGAGUCAGAUUAAGUAAAAGAAGACAAAAAACUGGUGCUCCUCCAAGUAAUACCAGACUUAUUGUUAAACAUAGACCUAUGGAUGCCAAUGAAUAUCGAAUGCAAAGAUACAGAGAGAAACAGCUUGAACCUCCAGGUGAAGAAGAUGAAGAGAUGGAAGUUGAUGAAACGCAAGAAGAAGAAGAUGUACCUCAAGAAGAUCAAGGCAACGAGAGUCAAGCUGAAUCUGACCAGGAAAAGGAAAAGGCUCAAAGUGAGGACGAAACACAAGAGAAAAGAACUUCCAGAGCAUCAUCUCGAUCUUCUAAACGUUCAAGAUCUGUAUCUAGAUCGAGAUCUAGAUCUGAAUCAUCUGCAAAGAGUAGAUCCAGGUCAAAUUCAUCAACAAGAAGCCGAUCAAGAUCCCCAUCUAAAUCCAAAUCAGUUGCUAGGAGCAGAUCAAGAUCACCUUCUAGAUCAAGGUCUAGGUCAAAGUCCAGAUCUCGAUCUAAAUCCAAAUCGCAGUCUAGAUCACCUUCUAGAUCAAGGUCUAGGUCAAAGUCAAAAUCUCGAUCAAGAUCUGCUUCAAAAUCUAGAUCAAGGUCGCGCUCAAAAUCUGAAUCUAAAAGUCCGUCACGUAGUAGAUCAGCUUCCAGAUCUAGAUCUAGGUCAAAAUCUGGAUCAGGUUCAGAUUCAGUAUCAGGAUCAGAAAGUGAAUGAAAUUAUGUUUGUUAUAGAUUUCUUUUAUCUUUAAUAAUUAGUUGAUUAAAACUCCAAGGUUCUUUGCAA